UGUUGUCGUAGGAUGCUCUCGUAAUUCUCUUGGAUCAAAAUGAGAUGUACACGAGGAUUAACGAAGAUCACGAUUGAUCGAGAAACCUAAACCGCGAAGCGAUCUCCACUUCGAACAUACUGUCUUGGAUUUUCCUGCUCCGAUCACGUGGAUCCCUAACUUGCAUUCUAAAUUUUGCAGCAAUUUGCAGAUGAAUUCGAGAUCCGCUCCGACACGGGCGGAAACGCUCAUACUAAAAGAUCCAUAAACUCACGAGAAAGUAAAGAAGAUGUGGUCAUUCCAAAUUUAAAAUCUGAUGCGAAUAUAUCCACUCACUUUUUGAUGCUUUGUUUCCACCGCGCAACUAAUUUUGAUGUUUUGUUUCCACCUUUCUUUCUCUCAGGGACCUAUUCCGGGUAUAUUGGGGGCAGUGCUAUUUGUAGCGUAGUUCUCGAACCAGAAAACCAAAAAAAUGGCUCGCCGCACGAAGAAAGUCGGAAUCACCGGUAGGUACGGUACCCGCUACGGUGCCACCCUGCGUAAGUUGGUGAAGCGCGUCGAGGUGCAGCAGCGCUCCAAGUACCUGUGCCCGCACUGCGGUAAGACUGCCGUCAAGAGGAAGGCUGCUGGUAUAAUUGUUUAUCUUUUUCGCAUUUUUGCUACGCUAGUUGUUUUUCUCCUUCAUAGUACCCAUUCCACCUGAUGUUCGCUUCAGGAGGCCACUGUUUUGAUUGGUUCUUUGGAUCUUCUGCUAUCAAAAUUCUAAAUCUGUAACAAACUGGUAAUGAAAAUGCACGAACAGGUAUCUGGUCCUGCAAGCCGUGCGGUCGUGUGUACGCCGGAGGAUGCUGGCAGUUCAGCACGGCUGCCGCCGCGUCCGUUCAGGCCACUAUCCAGAACUUGAAGUCCAAGUAAAAUGCCGGGAUGAUGAACCGACGAGAAGGUUAGAAACAGCACACUGGAAGACUGACUAACGGUUACUCGCCUGCUUUUUGGUACCCUGGA